CGGAGAAGUUCACUGUUGGCUCUGAACACAUCGCUCUAAGUUGGCUGGAAAGCUGGAGAGGAAAAAGAGAAUCGCAUCAAAUCAAAUGCCAUCUGAGGCUCAGACUCAGGAGCCUCGAGACAGAGGACCGGCCCCUCCUGUCACACGAGCCGGACGGAGCGCUCAGCUGGCCAAGGCUGCAGCUACUAGCCCCGCCCUCGAGAGGCGGCCCCGUGGGAGACCUCGGAAGGAUGGGAGCAACGGGCGCUCUGCACCUCCCACACCGCCGCCUCCUCUUCCUUCACCUCCUCCACCCCCCAAACCAAGGAAGAAGGGGCGGAGCCGAGGCAGAGCACAGGUAGACGAUGAAGAGAGCAUGGACGCCACGGAGAAGAACAACCCUGAUAAGACAGAGACGAGGGAGGUGAAGGACACGAGGGAGGUGAAGCCGUCUGGACGCAGGCGUUCCACUUCGAGGAGAAAAUCCAACACAAACCCUGAACCCAGCCCAGAUAAGCUCAGUCCACAUCCUUCGCCCGAUCCUGACCCAGAUCCCCUCCAACCCGACCCCAUAUCCCCAAAGUGUAGCCCAGAACCAGCGCCUGGUCCUGAGGAGGAGGACAGACCCAGCCCUUCUCCUGCUUCCCCUCUCCAGGCCCCCAGUCCUGGGGGAGACCCUCAUGUCAGCCCCCUGCCUCCAUCCCCAGACCUCAUCCUAGCUCACAAACCAGAUUCUGAUCCGGUGGAAGAGGACCGGCCCAGUCUGAGCCAAAGCCCCUCCCACAUAGAGGUUGCCUGCAGUCCCAGCAGAGUUACCAGGGAGACAGAUGAGGGUGAAGCUAGUCCAAUGGAACAGAGUCCAGACGCGAGUCCCCGGUCCAGUCCUUCAGUGUCCCCCUGCCUGCGGCUGGAGGAUGAGGACGAGGACUCCUUGUCUCCCCUGUUCCAGCGCUCUCUGUCGGAGGACUCGGGGGGCUCUCCCACCCCUAUCUUAGAACACACCAAAAAGCGUGUGAAGCAGUGUGCCUUCUGUUACCGUGGCGACCACCCUCCUCUGGGACAGGGUCGCCUGGUGGUGUUCGGCCCGACGCCUGGCUACAUCCCGCUCCACAUCCUGAACCGCCGCACCUCCUCCGACCGAGACAGUGACUGCCAUGACCACUGCUACCGUGGCAACCAGGCCCCACCCACGUGCAGCAGUCCAGAACAGUGUGAUGAAGAGUCUUCCUCAGAGUUUAUAAAGCAGCUCGGACCAAUCGGCCUUCCACAUGACAUCAACGUCCAGCUACUGUUCGACCCUACAGGUCAGUGUUGUGCUCACCUUCAGUGUGCUGCGUGGUCAGAGGAGGUGCAUCGAGGGGAGGGUCAGUCGCUGCUCUACGUGGAUAAAGCCAUCGAUGCAGGAAGUACUCAGGUGUGUGUAUUCUGCCAGCACCUUGGUGCAUCGUUGCGUUGCCAGGUGACUGGCUGCGGGCGGAGCUACCAUUUUCCAUGCGCUGCUGCUGCUGGAGCACAUCAAGACUGGAAGCAGAGACUCACACUGUGUACAAGACAUACACACACAGACUCCUCACAGUGUGUGUUGUGCUCGGGUGGCGGUGAGCCCAGUGGCCUGUUGAUGUGCUGUUGCUGUGGUAACUGUUACCAUGGGAGCUGCCUAGAUCCUCCUCUGAACCCGUCACCUUUGUGUCGGGCUGGCUGGCAGUGUCCUCAGUGUCGAGUGUGUUGCAGCUGCAGGUUGCGAGGGGAUGAACGUGUGCUGCUGGUCUGUGAGCGCUGUGAUAAAGCUUACCACACACACUGUCUUACGCCACCUUUGGAACAAACACCGAGCUCUGACUGGACCUGUAAGAACUGCAGGGUCUGUCUCCGCUGUGAUGUGAGGGCAUCAGGUCAGUGGGCCAAUCACCCUUUCUUGUGUGAGUCAUGUGACUCCGCCCUGCCCUGCCCACUCUGUGGCCACGUCCCCGACCUCAACAAGCCCCAGGAGUAUUUUACAUGUACCUGCUGCUAUAGAUGUGUCCAUGUGGACUGCUCGGUCCAGGCCGGGGAGGUCAGGGCAGGGUCUGAGGGUUAUGUCUGCUCCAUCUGCAGGCCUCAGGAGGUGGAACUAAUCCAACAAAGUCCUUCCCCAUCCCCACCUACUUCCAUUUCACAAAUGCAAGUCCCAGGUCACACAGAAGCUCCACCCAUAAGUCAUAUCACUCACAGUCCAGUCCAACUCACACCAUCACAACCUGGUCCCACAGAGAUCCAGCACAGUCCUGCACCAUCUCCCUCAGACUUGCAGCAGGGUCUUGCAUCAUCUAUUCAAGACCUUCAACACAGUCCUGCACCAUCUCCCUCAAACUUGCAGCAGGGUCUUCCAUCGUCUAUUGAAGACCUUCAACACAGUCCUGCACCAUCUCCCUCAGACUUGCAGGAGGGUCUUGUGUCAUCUAUUAAAGACCUUCAACACAGUCUUACACUAUCUCCAUCAAAUCAACACAGUUCUCCACCUUCUCCCAAGGAGAUCUCUCAGAGUACCCCACCUGAGGACACACAACACAUUCUUGAACCAUCUGUCAAAGAGCUGCACCAAGAUUCUGUACCAUUUGUGGAAGACCUCCAGUCCAGUAUUACAGCAGCUCCUACAGAUCUUCAACCAAGUCCUGCACCAUCUCCAAAAGACACCAAUCAAAAUCCUGUACCAUCCUGUGAAGAGAUCCAUGACAGUAACACACCAUCUCCUGGAAUGAUCCAUCAAAGUCCUGAACCAUCUCCAAAGGACACCAAUCAAAGCCCUGCACCCUCGACAAAGGAGACUCAUCUAAGUCCUGAACCACCCACUGAAGAGAUCCAUCAAAGCCCUGCACCAUCUCCAAACAAGGCACAUCAAAGUCCUGUACCACCCCUUGAAGAGAUCCAUCAAAGCCCUGCAUCAUCUCCAAACGAGACACAUCAAAGUCCUGAACCACCUCCUGAAGAGAUCCAUCAAAGCCCUGCACCAUCCCCAAACGAGACACAUCAAAGUCCUGAGCCACCCCCUGAAGAGAUCCAUCAAAGCCCUCCAACGUCUCCAAAGGAGACACAUCCAAGUCCCAGACCCUCUCCAAAGAAGACCCAUCAAAGCCCUUCAUCACCUUGUGAAGAGAUCCAUCAAAAUACCGUACCAUCUCCUGAAGAGAUCAAUCAAAGUUCUCUACCAUCUCAAAAAUAUGAUCAUCAAACUUCUGAGCCAUCUCCAAAGGAGACUCAUCUAAAUCCUGAACCACCUUGUAAAGAAGACCAUCACAGUCCUGCACCAUGUCUUGAAGAGAUCCAUCAAAGCCCUCCACCAAAUCUUGGAGAGAUGCAUCAAAGUCUUGAACCACCUUGUAAAGAGGACCAUCACAGUCCUGCACCAUGUCCUGAAGAGAUCCAUCAAAGCCCUGCAUCAAAUCUUGGAGAGAUGCAUCAAAGUCCUGAACCACCUUGUAAAGAGGUCCAUCACAGUUCUGCACCGUGUCCUGUAGAGAUCCAUCAAAGUCCAGUACCAUCUCCAAAGAUGAUCCAUAAAAAUCCUGGUCCAACUUCAGAAGUGAUCCAUCAGAGUUCUGCACCAUUUCUAAAAGAUGCACACCAAACACUCGAACCACCUCUGAUAGAAACUCCUCAACAUCCUGAAGCAUCAUGUGAAGAGGUCCAUCACAGUCCUGCACCAUCUCUUAGAGAGGCCCAUCAAAGUUCUACAUCAUCUCCACAGGAGGUCCAUAAAACUUCUCCACCAGCUCCAAAGGAGACCAAUCAAAGCCCUGCACCAACUUGUAAAGAGAUUCAUCACAGUACCACACCAUCUCCUGAAGAGAUCCAUCAAAGUCCAGUGCCAUCUCCAAAGGAGAUCCAUCAAAGUCCUGCUCCUCCCGAAGAGAAUCAUCAAAGUCCAGUACCAUCUCCAAAGGAGAUCCAUCAAAGUCCCACAACACCUCCCGAAGAGAUCCAUCAAAGACCAGUACCAUCUCCAAAGGAGAUCCAUCAAAGUCCCACACCACCUCCCGAAGAGAUCCAUCAAAGCCCUGCACCAUCUCCAAAGGAGAUCCAUCAAAGUCCCACACCACCUCCCGAAGAGAUCCAUCAAAGCCCUGCACCAUCUCCAAAGGAGAUCCAUCAAAGUCCCACACCAUCUCCCAAAGAAAUCCAUCAAAGCCCUGCACCAUCUCCUGGUGAGAUCAACCAGAUAUUUGCACCAUCUCCCAAAGAGACCCAUCCCAGUCCUCUUCCAUCUCCUACUAUACUCCAGCAACAUCCUCCACCAUCCUCUGAAGGGAUCCAAACUAGUCUUAAGCCAUCUCUUUCAAACCUUCCAGAAAUUUCUGAACCAUCUGCUAAAGAGAUCUUUUGUAGCCCCCAACGUCCUGAUGCUGAACCAGCAGAAUACAAGAAAAGUCUUACCCAGUCUCCCUCAAUUCCUAAAGAGGAUCAGGACAGUUCUUUACCAUUCCACUCUGAUCCAAUGGACUUUGGAGCAAGCACUUCACCAUCGUGUCCUGAUCAUGCAGCUCUGCAGGAACGUCCUUCAUCACCUCAUCUUUAUUCUGCAGAAUGCCAAAAAAGAGGCCCCACAUCUUACCUUAGUCCAGAAAAGCUUCAAGAGGGUCAUACCCAGUCUGAGUCUGGUCCAAGAGAAGUUGAAUUGAGUCCAGGAUGGGGUAGUCCUGCAUCAAGUAUCCUUGCAUAUCCACCACCACAAAGCCUAAUUCACCAGGGUCUUAGUCCUCCCAGUGUUCAUCCAGGGCCUCGACCAGAUGAUUCUCCACACAGUCCUGAACAGGACGAUGAGACCCAGAACAACACAUUAUGUAGUCCCUCAAACAUCACCAUCUCGCAGCCUCAUCACACUUCUUCACAAGGACAGUUUUGUCCCACGCCAAGCAGUCCUGCACAAGUUGAUGUAUCAUCUCACAUGAGUCCUACCCAAGAGGCAGAACCAACACUGGACCAGGAGAACCCUGACUCAAGCCCUGUACAGGACAUUUCUACACUGGACCAGAACUUGCUACCAGUCUGCUGCAGGUCUCUAAUGACAGCCACAUCACAUGCAACACUGAGGCCCAGUUCAGCUCCAUGUAGCCCAUCUGCAUCUUCAGUCAGACCCAGACCACGCAGUCUGUCACAGCCUGGCAGUCCGGUACAGCCCCACUCCACAGAAAAGAGUCCUCACCCUGACAGCCAAACACUGGAACGUAGCUCUACAGUGCUCUCUGCAGAGAGCAACCCCAACUUCCCCACCCCCUCUCAUGUCCGUGCUCUGCAGACACCAGUAAGCCUUGAUCACUUCAGCACUUCAGUGGAACACAGUAGCCUAACGGGGGGAGGUCCCCCUCCUGCCCAUGACAGCCCGUCACUCUGUACAGAAGCUAUGGAAGCAGCAAACCUUCUACCCACAACGGUUCUACCAGCUACCUGUCUUAAUUCCUGCGAGGGCUCCACACCCUUGGAGAGUGACGCUGCUGAGACUGGACACCUAACCCAACCAGUCAGCCCAUUGGCACCAUCUUUGGGAUGCAACACAGAACCAGAACUGGCUCAGCCCACCCAGACCAUCUCAUGUCAGGAUGAAGAGAUAGAGGGCCACUUGUCAAGUGAGCCAGAAACUAGUUCCAGUCCAGUUCUCACAGAGGCUAUCAGUGUCUCUGAUCAUCAGGAGAGAACCAGUAACCCAUCAGAGCUCACAGAACCUCAGAUUAGUCCCACACAGCUCCAUAGUUCCUGCCAUCCCUCACAGACCAGCCCUGCAUCUGGUACCUCCAGUCCCCCACACUGUUCUCUGACCCAUACUGGAUCAGCUGGUAUCAUUUUGGUUUCUUCAGACCAUGACAACCAGGUGAGUCCCCACUAUGUAGGCGUCACUCUCAGUCCACCAAGGUCUAGUCCUGCUGGUCAAGCUAGCCCUGUUCACUCAGUCCACUCAGGAUCGAUACAAACACAGACCACCUCAGACCACAGUCUAGCUGAUGUUAGCCCACCUCAUAGUCCAGCUCUGGCAGGGGAAAUGCAGCAUAGCCCCCCAGACAGCCCCCAUCAUCCCAACCACAACACAGAAGCCAGUACUGCCAUUACUGGUGUACAACUGAGCCCCACAUCAGGUCCAGAUUUGAUUCUGGCAGUUAAUCCAUUAAUUGAGACUUCUAUUCCUCCCAGUGUGGCUCACUUGGAUUCUAGUCUUGUUAAACCUGCAAAACCUGACCACUCAUCCAUUGUUAGUCCCAACCCAGCUGGUUCGGAAUCUGCCGUGUCGUUGACCCACUCACAUCUAAGACCAAAUUCUCCUGCUCAGACUGUUCCAAGUCAUCCCAGUAUAGUUUGUUCUGGUCCAGCUCAAGAUGACAUCACGAUGCCGAAUGCUGCCCUCACUAAAGAAAUGCCUGCUUGCCCCUUAAGCCCCGCCCUCUCACAGGUGAGCCCUUCUCAAACAGCCUCCAUUUCCUCUUCCCACACUCAAGACCCAUCAGUGGACAUCAGCCCAGAUGCAAGUCCUGUAUCUGGGCAAGUGGAUUCAGUAAGUCCUGGUCCUACUAGUCCUGUUAGUCUUGGACUUGGUCCUCCUAGUCCUGCACACCCACAGCUUGGCCCUGGUCUUGAUUCUCUUAGCUGCAUGCUCUGUGGGGAUAGUCCUGGUGAAGGUGCUGCUAGCCCUGUUCCUGCUACCCUUAGAGAGUCUGAAGCUAGUGUAAGUUCUAGUCCCAAUAGUCCAGCACAACUCGGUCCAGGUUCUGGUUCCCCCCAGCUACAGACAGAAACAGAGGUGGAGUCUGCAGCUGCUGUGGAUGUCACAGCAGCAGAGGAGCAGAGGGAUGUUUACGAGGAACAAAAGGAAAACAGAGAAGCUUUGCAUCAGCAGAAGCAGGAAGAAGAAGAGGAGGAGGAAGAACAUCCUCAUCAGAAAGUAACUGAUAAUCAAGACGAUGUGGAGCCUGCUGGGACAGCAAAAGGAGAAGACCAGGAAGAGGAGGACGGCACUCGGCUUAGAAUAGUUCCCGUUUGUUCUCCUUCAGGAGUCCAGCUGAUGGGAGACCAACAAUCUGCUGCCUCCCCUCUCCUCCCACAGCAAACUCCUCCCACCUCCCACCACCCACCCUCACCUCCCUGUGCCUCACCUCCUGCCUCCCCCUUUACUUCACCACAGUCGCCUCCUUCAUCUCCUCCAGCUGGCUCUCUGGAGGCAUCCUCCUCAUCCUGCUCCCCUUCUCACAAGACUGCCUUACCCUCCUCUCCCCCCCGGACCACCCCCCCAUCCACAGAGAAUCUUCCCCAGGAUGAGGAAUCCACCAGUGUAGGAGAAGAGGAGGCAGGGAUGGAGGACAAAACUCUGCUCUGUAAUGACAACCAAUCACAGAACCAGUUUGAGCCUGUUGCCAUGACACUACCCACCAAAGAUGAGCAUCAAUCACGUACUGAGCCUUCAGAUAAGGAGGAGCUGCAACAGCCAAUGAAUGAGAAAGAGGAACCUGAGGAGGAGGAGGAGCCGGUGAGCCCCGUCCUGGACCUAGACCCCUCUUUAGACAUGGAAGUGAUGGAGCUGAUGACCUCCUCACUCCCUCCCUCCCUCCUGCACCUGUCUUCUCCCAGUCCACCUCUUCCUUCCCGCAGAGGGAAGGGGCAAAGCCUUAGGCCUCCUCCCUUCUCCUCCAGGCCUUCAGAUGACCUCUCUAUUCGCCUGAGGCAGUCGCCCUUCUCCACUGAGGCCUCCCCUGAGACCUCCCCUGCCAGAAUUCCCAUCACGCCGCCUCCCCUCACCCCGCCCUCACCUCCCUACAAGUCCUCGCCCCCAUCCAGAGAGUCUCCUCCUCUGUCCAAGGUUCCUCCCACAAUGCUGUUCCCCUUCACUCCGAAGAUCGGCAUGGGGAAACCAGCCAUCUCCAAGAGGAAAUUCUCCUCUGGCAGAGCCCGGGGCAAGCAGGGUUCGUGGUGGAGCAGUCGCAGGGCCCUGAGCCCCCCCUCGUCCUCCCAGGAUUCCAUGGGGGAGGGAGGGUGGGAUAGCCCUAAGCCCCACCCACCGGAUUCCCCCCUGUGGAGCAUGAGAGUGGGUCGUGGUUCAGGGUUUCCAGGCAGGAGGAGAUCCAGAGGAGGUGGUAUAGGGGGAGGAAGAGGAGGCCGAGGAAGAAGCCGGCUGAAGACUCAGGACAGUUUGAUUGUGGCGCCUGGAUGUGAGUAUGUGGAGGCGUUCCAGAUAAAGGAGGAGGAGGAGAACUCAAUGCAUAACACAGUGGUGAUGUUCUCCACGUUGGACCACUUCACCCUCAGACAGGACAUGUGUGUGGUGUGCGGCAGCUUUGGUCAGGGCGCUGAAGGCCGACUGUUGGCAUGUUCUCAGUGUGGACAGUGUUACCAUCCCUACUGUGUCAACAUCAAGAUUACACGGGUUGUCCUGACCAAAGGGUGGCGCUGUCUGGAGUGCACAGUGUGUGAAGCAUGUGGCGAGGCCAGUGACCCCGGGCGUCUGUUGCUAUGUGACGACUGUGACAUCAGCUACCACACCUACUGCCUGGACCCGCCCCUCCACACGGUGCCCAAAGGAGCCUGGAAGUGCAAAUGGUGUGUGUGGUGUGUUAAGUGUGGCUCCACCUCCCCGGGCCUGCACUGUGAUUGGCAGAGUAAUUUCAGCCUGUGCGGUCCGUGCAGCAGCCUGAGCCGCUGUCCUGUUUGCCAGAGAACGUACUCUCAGGACGACCUCAUCCUGCAGUGCCAACAGUGUGACCGGUGGGUCCACGCUGUGUGUCAAGGUCUGACCACAGAGGAGGAGGUGGAGGUGGCUGCUGACGAAGGCUUUGACUGUUCGCUGUGCAGAACACAUGGCCGCAGUUCCUAUGGGAGUUCAGAAGCUUUGGCUCCCUACAUGCCGCCGAUCAUCUCCAGGAUAAGAGAACCGGACACAAAGACAUACACACAGGACGGAGUGUGUCUGACAGAGUCAGGUCUGUCUCACCUGCAGUCUCUGGUCGAGCCUCUGACUUCACCGCGCAAGUAUCGCAGGUGUAAACCCAAACUGAAGCUCAGGAUCAUAAACCAGAACCGUGUGUCGGUCCUGCAGACUCCUGAGCCCGACCUGCCCACUGAGCAGGACCACAGCAGAGGUGAACUGGGGUGUGACAUGAAAUCUGACUCGAGCCCAGAGCGAGACCACACCCACAACGAUGAUGCCAGUAAGGAGCCCGAUAUCACCGAUGGCAACAAGAAGAGGAAGCGGAAACCCUACCGGCCUGGUAUCGGGGGGUUCAUGGUUCGACAGCGUGGGGGGAAGGCCGGUCUGAGCAGAAUCAAAUUGUGCAGGAAAGAUUCCACAGAGCCGCUGCAGGGUCAAGAUGAAGGUGUCAUGGAUGCUGACGUUGCCAUGGAAAUGCCCCCUGAUGCCAGCCAGGCGACGGAGAAGGUGAAGAAAAGGUACAGGAAGAAAAAGACAAAGCUGGAGGAGGCCUUCCCAUUAUACCUCCAGGAUGCCUUUUUUGGUCGCGAUCUUCUGGAGCGCAGUCGGCAGGUGGACUGGAGGGUAGGACCAGAGGCAUCAGGCAGCAGCCAGUCAACAAUGGUUGAAAGAAAAGCCCCCGCCCAUGUGGUUCAUGGUCCCUCCCCCACUGGGCUACUGGUAGCAACCAACAAGAAGCAAAGAAUUCUGUCCAUGUCAGAAGAUGCUCUCAUGGAUCUGUCCGACGUCCUGAACACUGACCCUCACAUUCUGGCAACAGGACACACAGGUCAGUUCCAGGUGGAGCGCUCCCUCUCGCCGUUUGCUGGUCUGGACAUCAGCCCCGUCACAAAUGACCCUGCUUUGUCUUCUGAGGCUGGGGGAAGUAGUGGGCGUGGCCAGAGGACAACGCAGGACGAACCUCUGGAUGCCAUCUUGAGUCCUGAGCUCGAUAAGAUGGUCUCAGACGGUGCCAUCCUCAGCAAACUGUACAAGAUCCCAGAGCUGGAGGGGAAGGAUGUGGAGGAGGUCUUCACUGCUGUUCUGAGUCCAGACAGCAACAGCCAACCAGAACUGAGUCAGCACACACACUCUGCUGCUGGGACCAAGGCGCACACACACACCACGGCAGUAGCAGCAUUUCCUCGCCUGCCACUGAUGAAUGGCCUGAUGCCGGCUGCUCCACACUUUCCCAAUGCUCCCAUGAUGCCCAGCGGGGCCCAGGGUCAGGCUGGUUUUAGGAUGCCAACUCCUGAGGGCCCUGUGGCUGCUCCGGUCCAGGGCCCCAUCCCUGGGUCGGCCUCAGCCAGUCAGGCACUGGCAGGAGAGGGCGAGCAGGAUGCACUGUCGACUGCUCAGAGGAGCAUGUUGAAGUGGGAGAAGGAGGAGAGUCUUGGAGAGAUGGCUACUGUUGCUCCAGUCCUCUACUGCAACACAAACUUCCCACAACUGAAGCUACAGUAUCCUGAUUGGCCCACCAGAGUGAAACAAAUUGCCAAGCUGUGGAGGAAGGCCAGCUCUCAGGACAGAGCGCCGUAUGUGCAAAAAGCACGGGACAACCGGGCGGCCCAGCGCAUCAACAAGGUGCAGCUGUCCAACGACCCACUGAAACGUCUGCAGCCUCCACAGCAGCCGCAGCCACUGGGACCCUAUGACCCCGUAUCCAUGGAGACAGAGAUGGCUUUCAAGGACCCACUGAGGCCUAGAGAGUCCGAACAGGAGCAGGAGUGGAAGUUAAGACAGGUCAGUCAAAUGCGUCAGAAAUCGAAACAGCUGGCAAAGAUAGAAGCGACUCAGAAGCUGGAGCAGGUGAAGAAUGAGCAGCGGCAGCAGCAGCUGAUGUCCAGCCAGCGUCUGUCUGAAUGUUUGUCUCCAGAUGCUGGCAGCCGCAGCCCACUCACCCCGACCCAGCAACCUGUUCCUGGGGGCGACAUCUCCCCACUGCACUCGGCAUCGAGCAGGCAAAACCCGCAAAUGCAAGGGAGUUCAGGUUUAGGGCCACCAGAUGAUGUCUUCCUCCGACCUCAAGCUCCUCCCCCUUCAGGUUUUUCCUCACUUCCUCACUCCCCUCAGACUUCCUCUCCUCUCCACCAGCCCCCAUCCUCCCCCCAGAUGUUCUCUCCACCCUCCUCACGCCCUUCGUCGCCUUGGGACCCCUGCAAUAAAAAAGCAGGGACUCCUCGUCCCACCUCCUCCCAGUCGGGGGGUGCUCCAGCCACUCAGCAGCUUUCUCGCGGCUCCCUCAGUGCCUCCCCUGCCCACGACGUCUUUGGAUCUCCUGCGCCAUCCCCCGACUCCAAUACUUCUGAUGCCCCUCGGGCCCCCACAGCCCAACCAGGGCUUCAGCAAAGCAGAGCAGGUAUGAUGAGCCCCUCCUCUGGCUCCGCCCCUGACCUGUCUGUCAGACAUGUUGGCAUGCGAACAGCUGAAACCACCCAGAGGAUGAACAUCCGUGGGGACCUCAUCCAGGGGGUAAUCUUUAAAGCCCCCAUGCCCCCCCAACAUCAGGCUCAGCAGGAGGUGUUUGGCAGCUUAGGAGGAGGAAGGAGGGAUCCGCCCAUACCCACAGACCUAGGCUUCACCAUUUCCCAGACACAGGAACCGAUCUUUCCCUCCAGCCCACUUUCAGGCCUCGGUUCCCCCCACCGCAGCCCCUACGCUCAGAACCCUGGCACCCCCAGACCGGACUACAGCCAGCAAACCAGUGACCACUUCUCCCAGCAAUCCCCUCUGAGUUCCCGGCCAUCCCCUGACCCCUACAGCAACCCUCAGACCCCUGGUACCCCACGCCCCCACUCAGAUCCAACCUACCUCACCACCCCUCCUGCACUAAGACUAGACCAGUACAAGCAGCAGCCCGCCAACCGCCGCCCAUCCCCCUCCCACCCACCGCUGGACCCUUACAGCUCUAGCCCAGGAACUCCCCGCCCCUCUGAACGCUUUCCCCGCUCACCAGGAAACCAGCGCAGCACAGACCCAUACUCCCAGCCUGUAGGGACACCGCGGCCCUCACCUGACCCAUACAUCCAACAGCCCUCCACACCUCGGCCCCAGAAGACCCACGAGUCCUUUAGUCAGGCUCCAAUGGAGAGUUUCAGCACCCAGCCUGCAGCCUGUGGGUCAUCCCCUCUAACCUCAGGACCAUCUACAGAGCUGGGGUCCUUUCCCCCGACACCCCACCAGAUACAGCAGUCUCCAGUACGACAGCAGCAGCAGGACCAAUUUCCCAGAACACCCAGCAGUCAGACCCCAAAGCACCCUGGGAUAUCGGAGGAGGGCGGGUUCUCCAGCCUGUCAUGUCACGCUCCGGGUCAAGACCCAUUUGAGCCAGGUCACAUGACCCCAAGCUCCACACAGACUGACAAGAUGCCAGCCAAUGAAAUCUCAGCAUUAAGCGUGGCUUCUUUAGAUGGACCAAUGAGUGUGCUUCCUCAGCUGGGUGACACAGAGGAGAAACUGAGACAGCGUCAGCGGCUCCGGCAGCUCAUCCUGAGGCAGCAGCAGCAGAAAAGCGCCUUACGGCAGGAGAAAGGUCUGCAGGAAGCGGCCUCUGCUCCUGCACUCCCCCUCACUGCUGGUUCCACCACUCCUCUUCAUAGCUGGGCCCAGGAGGACUCUAACUCCGCCGCUCCUCCAGCAGACCUGUUUGGACGUCCUCCUCCCCCUUACCCUGGCACAGUAAGACCUCCUGCUCCCAGGUUUCCUGGGGGUUUCUCUGGGGAGCAGCAGAGGGGCUUCACCCCCGGUGAGGCUCCUUUUCCCAGGCAGAGCCUACCCAGAGAGCUGGGUGUUAGAGGACCAGGGUUGAGAUUCAGUGUUCCUCCUGGAGCACCAGCAGGUCUUCCCGAGUCCUUCCUGCGUCCUCCCCAGGGAACGCUGCCUGAGCCUGGACUCAACGUGGUGGAGGGAAACCCUGUCGUGAUGAGGAGGCCGAUGCCCACAGAAUUCACCGGGAUUCGACCCGUUAUGGCUCCAAACCCCAACAUACAUGUGAUGGCAGGUGUCCCCCAGCCCUUCCUCCCUCACUCCGUCCCUGUCCAGCAACACAAUACCAUGCCUUACAUCGAGCUCCGUCACCGUGCUCCAGAGAGCCGCCUUAGGUUGCCCUUCACAAUAACCAUGACCCCAGACCCCAGAACCCCACUCCUGCACACCAGAGACCCCCAGUCUAUCCUGGUCAGACCCAGUCCAGCCAGGAUGGGUGAGACGGUGCUGGGCCAGCAGAUGGUGAUGGGAGGUGGGGUUGUACAUCAGCUGAACCAACCGGACCAGCAGCAUCUGGGUCACACAGUGCUGACUCAGAGCAGUGAGGCGGCUCUCCCAGGACCUGAUGGUAUGGAGGAGCACCUGGAGGGGGAGGACUCAGCUGUUAAGGAUCUGGAGGAUGUGGAGGUCAAAGAUUUGGUUGAUCUCAACCUGAACUUGGACCCUGAGGAUGGUAAAGAAGACCUGGACUUGGGUCCUAAUGACCUCCACCUGGAUGACUUCCUGCCAUCAGGGAAAUUCGACCUGAUAGCCUACGCUGACCCUGAGUUCAACCUCGAGGACAAGAAGGACAUGUUCAACGAGGAGCUGGACCUUGGGGAGCCGGUGGAGGAGAAGGAGGGGGCAGAGCGGAGGAAGAGUGACUCUCAUCUCCUGGAACAGGUGAAGCAGGAAGUGAAAGACGCUGUGAAAAUGGAUGGUGGUCCUUCUGUAUCUCAGCACCCUGCAGCUCUUGGAGCUCCAGGAGCCGAGGCAGCAGCUUCCUCUGCCCUCCUCAUCAAGGAGAAGCUGGAGGACUCUGGUUCUGUUUCAGGAACUGUUGCAGCUGUACAGGCUCGGGAUCAGGUUCCAUCCACAGGACAACAAUCUGUUUUCCAGCAGAGACCCUUCGGGCCGUCCUCAUCCCCAGCUCUCCCCAGCCCUCUCCCUCAAGGUCUCCCAGUGUCACCUCACCCCACUUUGACACCUCAGGUUCCCCCCACACUACCUCACCAGCUGCCUCCUCAACCUCGCCUCCUACUCAACCCCCAGAGCCAGACUCCACACCCGGGCACCUCUACCCAGAGCCAGGUCCAGAACCAGAACAAGUCUAGGCCUCUGCUCCUGGAGGAGCAGCCACUUCUCUUGCAGGACCUGCUGGACCAGGAGCGCCAGGAGCAACAGCAGCAGAAACAGAUGCAGGCCCUCAUCAGACAGAGCUCCACGCCAGAGACUGUGUUUCCUGACACGGCAGACUUUGACUCCAUCUCGGACCCCAUCAUGAAAGCCAAGAUGGUGGCGCUGAAGGGCAUCAACAAGGUGAUGAGUCAGGGGAACCUGGGUUUAAACCCCAUGGUCAUCAACAGGUUCCAACAGCCUCCGGGGGCUCCAGUGGUCCCAGGAACCCCAGCAGCUCCAGGAGCCCCAGUGGCUCCAGGCCCUGAGGUGACUCCUCAGCCUCCUCACCUGGUGGGACAGGACGGGAAGUUGAACCCUCAGCUGGUGCGACGAAACCCCCCCAGCUUCGGUCCGGGAUUCAUCAAUGAGUCUCAGCGCCGGCAGUAUGAGGAGUGGCUCGGGGAGACGCAGCAGCUCCUGCAGAUGCAGCAGCGCCUCUUGGAAGACCAGAUUGCUGCUCAUCGCAAGACCAAGAAGGCUUUGUCGGCCAAGCAGAGAACAGCCAAGCGGGCAGGCAGAACCUUUGCCGAGGAGGAUGCCGCUCAGCUGCGUUAUAUCAGCGAGCAGCAGGGGGUGGUCCAGAAACAACUAGAGCAGAUCCGGAAGCAGCAGAAGGACCACACAGAGCUGAUCGAGGACUACAGGAGCAAACAGCAGAGGGUUAUGCAGCUGCCCAACCCCCCUAUUAUUACUGCACCAGCACCCACCACCCCCCAGAACCCACACCCUCAACCACUUGUACCCCUGCAGCCUCCCCCGGCUGGGCCCACACCUGCCCAUGUCCCAAACGUCCCAGCUGGUUGGAUUUCCGGGCCCAGGGCUCCAGGGCUGAUGGGACAGAGGAUGCCCCCACAUCUGCAGCCUCCAAUGCUCCCAAGUCUACCGAACAACCCCCAGGGUCCACCUCACACACAAACCCCCCCAACCAUGGUUCCUGCCCUUACAGCACCAACUGCUGGCUUCACUUCAGGCCCACAGGGCCCUGCUGGAGGACCCAAGGGAGCCACAGGAAAUGGAGUCACACCCGCACCUCAGGUGAAGUUUGACGACAACAACCCGUUCAGCGAGGGUUUCCAGGAACGAGAAAGGAGGGAGCGACUGAGGGAGCAGCAGGAGAGGCAGAGAGUUCAGCUCAUGCAGGAGGUGGAGCGUCAUCGUGCCCUCCAGCAGAGACUGGAACUCGAGCAGCAGGACCUCCUGGGAGCCUCCAUGGGUCCCAGACCUGCAGCUCAGGUCGCACAAAAACCAGUGCCGGGUUCUGGAGGACCUGCAGGAUCAGCACCUGUCCCCAGUGGGGAAAGUCUGUCCCAGAUGCCCUUUUACAGCUCUGAGCCUAGACCUGACUUCCUCCAGUCCCCCUUAGCCCUGAGACCUCCACCUCAGCACCCAGGUCAAGCAGGGGCACCAUUUCCCCCACAGGCAGCACUCCACCAGGGCUUUGUAGGAGGACCCCUGCACUCUGGAGGCCACCCAGCUCUGGGUCUGCUCCCUGGGACUACAGCAGAGCGAGGCCGGGCCCCCCCCAACCUUCAGACCCGGCCGAGGCUCCCAAGCCCAGCUGGACCUCCAGCCCAGGGACAGGUGCGCCCAGCUGGUGUAGGAGUACCAGGGAUGACCCCCUCCCAUCCCGGAGGUCAGGCUCAUCGGCUUGGACAUGACUCCUCCUCUUCCUCCCCUUCGACCCCUUUGCCUCCCUCCUUCUCCUCCUCUGGAGGUCCUGCCUCCCUCAUUCAGCUCUACUCUGAUAUAAUCCCUGACGACAAAACAAAGAAGAGGAGGAGCAGGAAGAAAGAUGGAGAUGAUGCCGCCGGAGGGCCCAGGACACCGCUGUCACAGCACUCUGACGACAUCACCGCCCCGCCCACUCCGGCUGUCUCUGACACCUCCUGCUCCACGCCCACCCACCAACCAGACAUGUCCUUCUCUGCUCUAGCUCCAUCAUCUGAGCUGGAGAGGCAGCUGUCAGUGAGCUCUGCAGCCCACCAGAGAUCUUCCAUUUUGGGCCUAGAGGGCCACAGAGGUCCCCUGUCUGCUACUCAUCUGGAGGUCAAGGUGGAGCAUGAGGAGAUGGGGGCCUGUGAGAGGAGUAUGGUGAAGAUGGAGGAGAGCGGUGGUGAUGGAUUCUCCUCUCCCCUUCAGGGGGGAGACGGGGGGAAGGAGCUGCUGAGACACCUGCUGAAAGAUAAGACCUCAUCUGCCACCACACCUUCACCCACCAGACAAGCCCCGCUCACUGCCCAACGCCAGCUGUCCAAUGACAGCAUCCGGUCUGAUGAGGAUGGUCCUGGUUUCCAUGGCAACAUGGUGACGAGGGACAGUUCUGGUUCAGACCUGCUGGAACCAUCAGGCAAGAAGAAGACUCAGCGCUGCAAGAGACCGACCCAGUCUGACAAAGAGAAAGCUCCUCCCAAAUACAAGAGGAGGAAGAAGGACGAGGAAGAGAAGCCCCUUCACACCUCGACUGAACCGCUGAUGACACACCUCAGACAGCUGUCAGUGCUACCCCUGAUGGAGCCGGUUCUGCGGGUAGAUCUGAGUCUGUUCCCCCCAUAUGGCAGCUCCUCUCUGGGCAGAGACUCCAGACUAAGUGGCUCCUUUGGGAACGCCUGUCUGGAUGGAGUCACAGACUAUUACUCCCAGCUCAUCUACAAGCAGAAUAACCUCAGCAACCCCCCCACACCUCCGGCCUCCCUGCCCCCCACCCCUCCACCUGUUGCUAGACAGAAACUGGUAAACGGCUUCGCCACAACGGAUGAGCUGACCAGGAAGGACCUCAGCGAGCAGGAAGUGGAAGGUGUAUCAGCUCUGAAACAGAAAGAGGAGGAGCUUCUGGCUCUAAGCCACGCCUCCAAGACAGUAGAUGUCCCCGCCUCACUGCCAACUCCACCCCACAACAACCAGGAGGAGCUCAGAGUCCAGGGCUCGUCAGAGCCCGACAGCCCAGACGGCUUCGUGCCGUCAUCGUCUCCAGAGAGUGUGGCGGACAUGGAGGUGAGCCGGUACCCUGACCUGUCCUUCAUCAAACUAGAGCCGCCAUCGCCCUGCCCGUCACCUACGUUUCCCAUCAUGCCAUCUGCCUGGGGAAAGGGCUCUGCAGUGAAACAGGAGGUGAAGGCCGAGCCAAGCCACCAGGGUCCUCCCGCCUGCUCCAACACGGACCUGGUUACCAUAGCAAUAACUCUUAACCCUGUUGCUGCUCAGAAUGUUCCAGGCGUGAUGGCAGCGAUGGCGGCGCUGCUGCGGGUUCCUGUCCCCAUCCACUACCAGCUGAGCCAAACAGCCGGCCCCGUUCAGAGCUCUUUAGACCUUCUGGCUGGAGUCCGUGUGACACAGGGUUCAGCAGACGGACGACAGCAGAGACCUCCACUUGCUGCAGGAAACAAACCACAGUGCUGCAGUCACUGCAAGGGCAUGCUGGGAAACAGAGUCCAUGUCAUCAGGGAGUUCAAACAGGAGGGUCCAUCCAGGCCAGGAGCCAGUCUGGUCUUCUGCAGCCCAAACUGUUCCACUCUGUUCACAUCAGACCAACAGAAACGCUCUGCAGGAGGCAAACCUGCGGUGCCCGCCCUGUUGUCUGGCUUUGAACAGACCCCUCCCAGCAGUGCACAGCACCAGUACACCAACAAUAUGUCUUCCAUCACUGUCCACUCCCUUCCGAACACUUCCUUCUCUUCUUCCUCUUCCUCCCCGCCUCUCUCCUUCCCACCUGCCUCUGCCAUCACCAUGGAGAUCAGGCCCCGCAUGGACAGCCUCAAGGUCAAGGUAAAGUUGAAGCCCCGUCCCCGGGCCAUGCCAGGGGACGAGGAAUCUCUGUCAUCUCGACAUGGUAAGAGGGUGAAGAGUUCCCGCUGGAGACGCUGGAACGUUAGCAUCACAUUCAGCAGGGGCCCAUGUAUUCCUAAUGAGGCAGUUGCCAUGCCAACGGAGGAGGAAGUGGAUGUUAUUUUAAAGAAGUUGGGGACAUGCCUUCGUCCUGACCCGUUACCUAAAGACCUGCGAAGGUGUUGCUUCUGUCACCAGCAGGGAGAUGGACCGACGGAUGGACCAGCCAGAUUACUGAACCUGGACCUGGACCUGUGGGUGCACCUGAACUGCGCGCUGUGGUCAAGCGAGGUGUACGAGACUCAAGCCGGCGCCCUCAUCAACGUGGAACUGGCUCUGAGACGAGGCCUGACGCUGCGCUGCGCUCACUGCCAGCAGACUGGCGCCACGAGCGGCUGCAACCGCCUCCGGUGCACCAACACCUACCACUUCACCUGCGCCUUGCAGGCCCACUGCACCUUCUUUAAGGACAAGACGAUGCUCUGUCACCUUCACAAGCCCAGAACAGUUCCUCUCAGUGGGGACAGGUCAUCCAGCUGCUCCCCCUCCUCUACACCUGGCCUGACCCCUGACUCGGUAGCAGUGUGCUCUGAUCCGUAUGAUUCAGAGCUGCGGUGCUUCGCCGUGUUUCGGCGGGUCUUCGUGCAGCGGGAUGAGGCGCGGCAGAUUGCUGCUGUGGUGCAGCGUGGCGAGCGGCAACACACUUUCCGGGUCGGCAGCCUGCUGUUCCGCGCUGUUGGCAGGCUACUUCCACAGCAAAUGAGCAACUUCCACAAUAAGACGGCCAUCUUUCCUGUUGGUUACCAUGCCAACCGCAUCUACUGGAGCAUGCGCCAUAAUAACAAGCGCUGUAAGUACAUGUGCUACAUCGAGGAGGAGGAGAGUCAGCCUCUGUUCAAAGUGAAGGUGGUGGAGAAAGGACACGAAGACCUCAUCCUGACUGGACCCACACCCAAAGCUGUGUGGGACCAGAUCUUGGAACCCAUCACACAGAUCAGGAGCUCCAGUGGGACUUUGAAGCUUUUCCCUAUUUACCUGAAAGGGGAAGAUCUGUUUGGUUUGACCACGUCUGCAGUAACCAGAAUCAUUGAGUCUCUGCCUGGUGUGGAGGCCUGUGAGCGCUACACCUUUCGUUACGGCAGGAACCCGCUCAUGGAGUGGCCUCUGGCCUUCAACCCAUCAGGCUCGGCUCGCUCUGAACCCAAAGCCUGCCAAGCCAAGAGGCCCUACCUGCUGACCAGCAUCGCCCCCAGGUGUCAGGGCUCAGUGGGCUCCAUCGUGGGUCUUGUUCCUGGCGUCGUCUCUCUGUCUCCGGGUGAGGCGGUGGCCGGUGCCCAUCAGGGCCGCCACUCCAAGUCAUCACAGUACCGUCGCAUGAAGGCCGAGUGGAAGAGCAAUGUGUACCUGGCCCGCUCUCGCAUCCAGGGCCUCGGUCUGUAUGCUGCCAGAGACAUCGAGAAGUGCACCAUGGUCAUCGAGUACAUUGGAACUAUCAUCAGAAGUGAGGUGGCCAACCGCAAGGAGAGGCUGUACGAGUCCCAGAACCGAGGCGUCUACAUGUUCCGGAUCGACAACGACUACGUGAUUGACGCCACCAUCACUGGAGGACCUGCCAGGUACAUCAACCACUCGUGUGCUCCCAACUGCAUCACUGAGGUGGUUACCGUGGAGAAGGAGAACAAGAUCAUCAUCAGUUCCUGCAGACGCAUCCAGAGAGGAGAAGAGCUGUGUUAUGACUACAAGUUUGACCUGGAGGACGACCAACAUAAGAUCCCGUGUCACUGUGGAGCCGUGAACUGCCGCAAAUGGAUGAACUGAAUACACACACACGCACAAACACAGGCAGCUCACUUUCUCUCUUUCUCUCUCGGUGCUGAAGCUGGGUGUCGAUCGCCCUCUUGUCUGUGGGCGCAGCUCAUUUCAGAUCAUCAUGAUAAUAAUAAUAAUGAAACUGAUCGACCUGAUCAGAGGUGAUAAUAAUAAUGAUAGGGGAUUUGACAGGUGAGGAUGUGGUUACAUAUGUGGGGUGGGUGGGGCUUCAGGUGGCAGAAUCUAUGAUUGACAGGAGAGGGGCGGGACUACAGAAGAGGCUGGUCCUCUGUGUAAAUUGUGUGUAAAGAUGAGCACAGAUGUAAAUGUGAGUGUAAUCGCCACUGAAAUAACAGAAUGUCUCGUCCUUUAACUUGCACUAAAUCACAAAAUGACAAAAAACAAAAACAUACUUGAUUCCUCAAGUUGCUCCUCCCCCUCAUCUUCCUCCCCUUCCUCUUCCUCCUUGUCUUUAAUUCUGUAAAAUAAGAGAUUUUGUUCUUUUUGUAUUUAUUACUGAAUGAAGCUAUUUUCUAAACCCGCGGUGUGUUCGAGGUCCAGAGUGGCAGCGUGUAAAUAUCUGUAGCAUAAAUAAAAAGCAGACACAAAGUUUAGAAGUCACUCCUUCAUCCUCGUCCUCACCUUCAUCAGCUGACGACACUUUGUGUUGCUUUUCGAUUGGACAGACAUCACCGUGGCCUCGGCCUGCCUUUGUGUUUUUUAUUUUUGCCCUGAGUUUGGGCUGCAGGCGUCUGAGGAGCCUGUUUUUCUGCAGCACCGCCCUCUUUGUGUUGUGGAGCUCAGAGUCCUGCUGCCAUGUACAUAUGAGGUUUUAUGAGGACUCAGCUGAUGUGUACAGAGACAAAACAUGAAGCCUUGUUUUUUGUUUUUUUUAUUAAUGGAUGUAAACAAAGUGAUGUUUUUUUUGUUUGUUUUUGGGAAAUAUGGUGAAUCUGAUUUAGAAUCAUUUACAGAAAAUAAAAUAUUUUACAUCUUGAA